UUCGACAAAGCCUCGACGGCGGAGUUCGGGCUGGAGGGGUGGAAGAGCCUCCACGAGCUGAACCCCCGCGCCGCCAGCGAGGAGGCGGUAGCAUGGGUAUUCCUCGUGGACACCCUCAACUUCUCCUUCUGGUCCGAGCGAGAGCAGCAGAAGUACCUCGUGAAGUACAAGGGCAAAACGUACAGCGGGUACUGGUCCCUCUGCGCCGCCGUCAACAGGGCUCUCGACGACGGAAUACCUAUUACCAGUGCAUCAUAUUUUGCCACCGUGACACUUGACCAAGUUAAACAUGUAUUUCGCUCUGACACGGAAGUGUCCAUACCUUUGAUUGAAGAAAGACAUCGGGUGCUGAAUGAAAGUGGAACAGUUCUGCUGGAGAAGUUUGGAGGCUCUUUCUUCACCUGCGUUAAAAUGAGUAAGAGAAGUGCUCAGAAACUACUGCAUCUAGUACUGGAAAACUUCCCUUCUUACAGAGAUGAAGCUGUAUUUGAGAAAAAAAGGGUGUCUUUCUACAAACGGGCACAAAUACUUGUGGCUGAUACAUGGAGUGUAUUAGAAGGCAAAGGAGAUGGCUCUUUUGAAGACAUUUCUAGCCUGACUAUAUUUGCUGACUAUAGAAUUCCUCAAGUUCUUGUUCACCUAAAAGCAAUGAAGUAUUCUGAAGAACUCAUGAAGAAACUACGUGAAGGAACAGUUUUCCAGUCUGGAGAUAAAGAGGAGGUGGAGAUCCGUGGCUGUUCCAUUUGGUGUUGUGCUUUGAUUUGUAAGCAUCUGCUGGAGCUCUAUGAGAAGAAGGGUCAGGACAUGAGUGACAAAAUCAAUGCAGUUUUACUCGACUACUAUCUUUGGGACUAUGCCCGGGAUCACCGGGAAGAGAUGAAAGACAUUCCGUUCCACCAAGUGCGGUGUAUCUAUUACUAAGUCUAGCCUGAUGGCUGUUGUGUUGAUGCAUUAUCUUCUGAAUUACGGUUACUUGUUUUGUGCAGUGGUUUGUCACAUACU